CACACUUUUGGCUUCGGAACAGUCGACCAUAUCAGCAAUGGAGAGAGGAUCUAUUGCAUUGUUCAUCAUCUUACUCUUUGUCCUCUGCUUCCCCAUCUCAUCAGAUUCCCAGAAGCUCAGUCCAUCAAUAAGCUUACACGACCAAGAACAAGCCCAUGAGGUUACAAUCGAAGACAUAAAACGAGAAGAAGAUAAGAGCAUCGACAUCUUCCGGGUAGGGGUAGGAUCUCAUGGAGUUACAGGUGGAAAAGGUGGAGGCCGGAAAGCAUCUCCAAAACGUAGUGCCGCCAUGGAACUCCGGCCAAAGUUGUUCUUCUCCACCACCUCCCUUCUCUUUACCAGUUUCAUAAUGCUUUCACUAACUUCUGUCAACAUGUCGAUAUGAUCAUUAUGUUGUGCCUAAAUCUCUUAACUUGAGAGUUUAACAUAUGUUGUUUGAGUAUUGUAAACUUAGAAUUCUACCAUAUCUUAUGUGGAAUAAGAAGACAGAACACUGUGCAUGGA